AUGCGCAUCGGCCUCACUCGUCGCGGCAUCCACGAUCUUGAAGCGCGCCUGGAGCAGAUCUCCGACCCGAAACACGUUGAUUACGGCAAGUGGCUCUCCAAGGACGAUGUCGACGCUUUCCUCGCUCCCUCUGUCGAGUCGAAGCGCGCGGUCGAAGAUUGGCUGGCAUCCCACGGAAUCAAUGUCGACCAAAUCAGCAAGCGCAGCGAGCCGGGCGACUACGUCGCCUUCGAAACCACCUACGCCAAGGCCCGUGCCAUGCUCGGCAACGCAGACUUUGCGACGUAUCAGCACGCGCAGACGCACGAGCGUAUCGUCCGCACGACCGCAUACAGUUUGCCACGCGAGGUGCACGAGCAUAUCGCCAUCAUCCACCCCUCCACCAACUUUGGAAGCGGCCUCAAGGGGCAAAGCGCACCGUACAAGGACCUUGGAUACGUCACGCUCGAGUCUAGCGCUGGCGGCAGCGCCGGCAACAUCCAGCCUCUGACGGCUGGAACGCCGAUGGGCAACGCGGCGCCGGCGCCCAAGGGCUCUGAGAAAGGCAAGGGCUCUGCCCAGUCCGGCCAGACGCAGGUACCGCCCGACUGCAUUCUGACGGUGCAAAAACCCCAAGUCCCGCAGGCGUACGCUGAUGGCUACAAGUUCAGCAUCGAGGAGAUCAACGGCGGUCUCAACAACCAGAGCAUUCAAGCGGCCGGUGGCGAGGCCAACUUGGACGUACAAGCUGCCCUGCUGAGCUACCCGAUUCCCACGACGUACUACUCGACGGGUGGCCGUGGCUCGUACAUCACUGAUCCCUCGACGCCGACAAACACGAAAGAGCCGUACGCUGCGCUGUUCGAGACGCUGCUCACAUACCCAGACGACAAGCUUCCAUCCGUGAUCAGCAACAGCUACGACGAUGUCGAGGACAGCGUCGCGCUGAGCUACGCUAAACGUGUCUGCCAGGAUGUCCUCGCUCUCACCAGCCGUGGCAUCACCGUCGUUUUUUCCUCCGGCGACAGCGGCAUGGGAGGCGACGGCAAGUGCACCAUCUCCGGCAAGCCGGCUUUUCUCCCCAACUUCCCUUCGCCAUGCCCGUACGGACUGUCUGUAGGCGCCACCCAAAGAUACGCGCCGCAGGAGGAGGCAGUCGAUUCAGACGUUGCUGGCUUCUACUCUGGAGGCGGCUUCUCGAACUACUUUGCUCAGCCGAGCUACCAAGCCAAGGCGGCUAAUGCAUAUAUCAAGGGCCUCGACAGUGGCCUCACGCCGUACUACAACGCCAACGGCCGCGGCUACCCGGACGUCGCCGCGCAGGGCUCCCGCUGCCUUGUGCGCCUGAAAGGCGCCUACCGGGCCAUCGGCGGCACGUCGGCCUCGGCGCCGACUUUCUCGAGCGUCAUUGCGCUGCUCAACGACGCUCGGCGCGCCCAGGGCCUUCCGAACCUCGGUUUCAUGAAUCCGCUCCUUGGCGCUGCGAAAGGCUGCAAAGAGCUCCCGUCGCCCGCUAACGGCGGCUUCCCGGCUGCGAAAGGCUGGGACGCAGUCGGCGCCAGCAUCUAA